AUGCCGCUAGUGAAGAGUCCUCCGACGACCAGUGCCCGAGACUCACCCUCAUCCUCGCACAGACACUCGGGCUCGGGCUUCCAUCCCUUUGGCGGACGAUUCAGUAGACAUUUCGGAGAGCAGCUCUCACCCGACGACGCCUACCUGUCCUAUCACGAUGUGCGACUGACGCGCGAGGACGUCGAUUGCAUCCGCAAUGACUGGCUCACCGACAACGCCAUUGCUUUCUGGGAAGAAUACCUUGAGCACGAGAAGCUCACCAACUACCCCAAGGCUCAGAUUGUUCUCCUCCGCCCGAGCAUGUCCUUUCUGCUCCUGAAGACGCCAGACCCGCUGUCCCUAAAAUCUGCACUACCCGACUUCACCAACACAACCCACAUCUUCCUGCCCGUCAAUGAUUGUCGCCAGGUUGACGUCGCAGAAGGCGGCUCACACUGGUCGUUGCUGCUGGUCAGCGUCAUCGACGGCGUGGCUUUCCACUACGACAGCCUCUACCCUUCCAACGUGCAGGAAGCGAAGUUGUCGGCGCAUCGUCUCUCUCAGCUUGUGGGUAAGCCGUUCAAGUUCAUCAACCUUGAGGACUCACCGCAACAAGAGAACGGCAUGGACUGCGGCGUCUAUGUCUGCUUGCUCAUGCAGCACCUUCUCAUCUCGCGGCUACUGAAAGCGCAUGCGCAGGACAAGAUCAGCAUGAGUAUGCGCGGUAAGGAGGUGGAUGCUACGGGUGGAAGGAGGGAGAUGCUGCGGAUCAUCGAGGCGCGGCGGAAAGAGGGCGAGCGGAGGAGGUCG